GCGGGCAGCAGGACCACGCGGAGCCCUCGUGUCAGCUCACUGCUCACACAGCCGUCCGUCGUUCACACAAACAGCUGACUGAGACGGUAACGCUGUGAUAGUUACAGUCUAUGUGUGAAACCGAGAGGAAUAGUCCUUCAAUUCUUUUCUCGUUGUUAUUUGGGUAAUAAUGGUAUGAAGAUAUGGCCAAGCGACCGGGGACAGACGACGGGAUGCUCACUUCUCCGACCAUUCUCCGGGAUUUCUCCGGAGAAGUGAACAUGGACUGCAGCGACGGAGCCGUCGACGUCUCCCUGGAGGAGAUCCUCCAUCUGUACAGCCAGCCGAUAAACGAGGAGCAAGCGUGGGCAGUGUGCUAUCAAUGCUGUCGGACUUUAGCGCAGACACAACGGAGGAAAGGCUCCAAGUCUGCUGCCGGUGCCUCGGCUGUAGUCUACCCGAGGAGGAUCGAGGGACCCGGGGAUGUAAGGAUCUGGAGAGACGGGACUGUUAAACUGCAAUUUGAGGGCAACACAGACAAGUACGGAUCGGCCCCCACGUCAUUAGAGGUAAUCGACUCGCUGGGUAUCAUGAUCUAUAAAGCGCUAGACUACGGCCUCAAAGAAAACGAGGAGCGCGAACUCAGCCCUCCGCUGGAGCGCCUGAUCGACAUGAUGACCAACAUCCAGGAAUCGGAGAGUGACUCGUGUCCCGACGAGGGCUAUGAAGCCACAGAGGAGGAGGACGAGUGUGAGGAGGAAGGAGAGGAGGAAGAGGAGCUCGUCUGCACUCCCGGCACCUGUUCAGUCACAAGCAUCCGCUGCUAUCGAGACAUCGUCAUGCUAUGUUCUUCACACCUCCCCAGCCCAUCAGACGCCCCCAACCACUACCAGGCUGUGUGUCGUGCUCUCUAUGCAGAGACGAAGGAGCUAAACACCUUCCUGGAGAAGAUCAAGAGUGCCAAAGAGAACCUUCGGAAAAUGGAGGGUGGUACUCGGGAGGAACCCGAUCGAGACCUCGAUGAGCUUCAAAACGCAGACUGGGCACGGUUCUGGGUGCAGGUGAUGCGAGAUCUACGCGAUGGAGUGAAGCUGAAGAAGGUUCAGGAGCGCCAGUACAACCCUCUACCCAUUGAAUACCAGCUCACACCGUAUGAGAUGCUGAUGGACGACAUCCGCUCCAAACGCUACAAACUGAGAAAAGUAAUGGUGAAUGGAGACAUCCCGCCGAGGUUAAAGAAGAGCGCACAUGACAUCAUACUAGAAUUCAUCAGGUCACGACCACCCCUCAACCCUGUCGCUGCCCGCAAAUUGAAACCCCACCCGACACGUCCCCCGAGCCUCCACGAGCGACUGCUGGAGGGCAUUAAAGCAGAGAGGAAGCUCCGGCCCGUCUCACCGGACAUGAUCCGCAGGACGCGCUUAGGUGCAGGGAAAAGCAUCAGCACUCCUCAGGACUUGUUCCGCACACCAGACACUCCCGACGCACCCAGGAAGUUGGCCAUCAGCACCCAAUCUCUGGCUAGCGGCACCACGGGACCCAGUCAAGGCGGAGUGCAGCCGCUGAGUCAGAGGAAGAGGCUGCUCAGAGCGCCCACACUGGCCGAGCUGGACAGCUCAGAAUCUGAUGAUGAACCCACACGGAGCAGCUCUAGUAUGUCCACGUCUUUACUGGACGACACAUCACCCGACUCUGUCGUAGGAAAGAAGGUUCCUCCAAAGUUCCUCCCCAUCUCUGCCACCCCACAACCAGACAAGCGGCAGUCUCCUCAGAGGCGGCACUCCAUUGAGAAGGAGGCCCCGACUAGUGUCCGGCCGUUUGUGCCUCCAUCCAGACAGAGCUCCAAGUCUCUGCGGAAAUCGGAUCCCAAAGCCGAGGUGGAAGCUUCCAGCAGUGCUCAGGGCUCGGAGGAGUUCUGUUAUCCGGUGGAGUGUCUGGCUCUGACGGUGGAGGAGGUGAUGCACAUCAGACAGGUUCUGGUAAAGGCCGAGCUGGAGAAGUUUCAGCAGUACAAAGAAGUCUACACAGCCCUCAAGAAAGGAAAGCUUUGCUUUUCAUGUCGGACCAAGAAGUUCUCUCUCUUCACCUGGUCCUACACCUGCCAGUUCUGCAAAAGACCUGUGUGUUCCCAGUGCUCGAAAAAGAUGAGGCUGCCAUCUAAGCCCUACUCCACCAUGCCCAUCUAUUCUUUGGGUCCAAGUGCUGUGGCUAAAGGAGAAGGAAGUGGAGCAUCGGCCCCUCCUGAUCCAGAAAAGAAUCCAUUUGGGUCUGGACACAGCCGACACAGUCUACGCAGAAGUGUUUAUAAGUUUUCUAAGCACAGCAGUGGUAGCAGCAAAGAUGGCCACUCACAAGACGAGCCUGACCUGCCCAAGGAGCUUACAGAGGACUGGGUCACCAUGGAGAUCUGCAUAGACUGCAAAAAGUUCAUCACAGAAAUCAUCUCCUCCAGCAAGCGCAGCCUGUGCGUUGCCACCAAGCGUGCCCGUCUCAAUCGAAAUAAAAAAACCCAAUCCUUCUACAUGUCAUCGUCUAACUCUGUCAACUUUAGACCGUCUGAACGCGCCAUCAGUGAAGUUUAGUAACUAGCCCCUCCUUGUGCGCUUUUGUUCACACCUAGAGCUAAGACGUCCAAUGGCAGAAAUAUCCACCUCUUAGUCUAGUUUUUACACGGAUUGGUUCAGUGCGAUGAUGAAGUCAGUCCACCCCACCCCAGAGUUAGCAAAGGUUGUGAUACCUAUAGCAGUCUCAGGAAAAGUUGGCACACUUUGAUAGGUCAUGACUGGUCAGGAAAGUAGCUGCCAGAUAACAAAGGGGAGCCAGGUUUGUAUCGGUCUGAAAAUUCAGGACACCUCGGGUUAAACGGAUAACUAGAGCUGCAGAUGUGGCUAAUGACCAUACUCACAAGGCGGCCAUUUUCCUCCAACAUUUAGCACAGGGGUGGGAAGCCUAAAUGCUUUUUGUUAGUCCUAUAAAUGUGUGUUUUUUUAACAGUGGUUUUUAAUGAACUGCUUCCAGAUUGAUCAGCUUCUGGAUGACAAUAAACAUUGAAAAUUAGCAUCUGGCCAUCUGCUGGAUAGCCUAACUGAAAGCUAAUUUUACUGAUUGUUCAUUUUUACACAUUACUUUAGGAAAGGCUUGCAUUCAGAGCUAAUAUUAUGUUAGCCUGGAACAAACAGCUAGCAAGCUAACAUAAUCUGCGCUCAUUUAUUGUAAUUUAAUGCUAGUGAAGUAGCUGGGUUAUAACAUUUUUAGGUUUUUAUUUGUAAUAGAGCCAGCUUUCCUAUCUUACUUUGGCGUUCGAUUGUCUGUUGGGUUGCUUUUUUUGAUCAGGACAUGAUACAAAUGAUAAAGUCAGGUUACUAACAUUUAUACAAGUUACAAACUGAAAUACAGAACAUUCACAUUAUGACAGCAUUUGAGCUUCCCAGGAAAAUGGUCGUUGUGAGAAUAUGGCAAAUUGCUAAAAAAAAAAAAAUGCGUUUCAUAAAACAGACUGGAAAGCCAAAUGCUGAAGUGGUACAAAGGCCCAUCCCUAAUCUAGUUUUGUCUAGUUCCUGUUUACUUCUAGCACUCAGGAUGAACAACAGAUUGUCUCUUGACAGAAAAUGCACUGUAGAUCCUGCUGUCAGGUCUGUUGGGGUAAAUCUCCGCCACUCUCCGGCCCCUCUCAUCAUCUUCCAGCAACAAUUAUGCCAAAUGUUACAUCAUUAAUUUUUAUAGCAAAUGUGUAAAUGCAUACUGUUCUCUUAUGCUGUAGGGACGACAUGUUAAGGAGUACGAUCAUUUUAUGUGGGUGGGUUAUUACUUUUAAUGUAAAUUCAAUUCUGUGCCUGGUGCCAAAAUGUUGUUUUUUUUCCUUUUGAAUGCCUUUUGUAGUUGCGGACCUACUGUACAUAUGUGUCAAGAAUUCAGUGGGAGACAUUUUUUAAGUUAAUCCAAGGUGUCUUUUCUCUCAUGUUUCAAGCUGGGCGGUGGAAGCACAGAAAAAAGGGUGUGUACAUGCUGUAAAUCUUUAUUGUUCAAAAUUUAAUAUAAGAAAACUUUACUAAGUAGAAGUAUGAUUUAACCAUGUUUUAAGAUUUCUGCCUCUGCAGUUUCUUCAUCUGAAACAUUCAUUUUUAGUGUAAUUAUGUUUGUGUCAUCAAAUUGUUUCUAUUGUAUAGUUUAUACAUUCUUCAGUGUUAAGAUACUCCUCUAAAAUCGCACUUUUAUUUGACCAAUUUAUUGUUUAUUUUGGGUCUAUUGUCUUAAUUAAUAACAGUUAUUAUAACAACCAUUUUUUUUUUCACCUCUCGGGUGUCCAUUGUGCCAUUUCCCUGGGUUCCUUGUGAAUGAAAGUUUGUGUGAUUGGUUGUGUGUAAGAAAGAAAUAGUUGUAAAAACAAACUGAAACACUCCAGUUAAAUGAAUGAAGGCUUUUGAAUUGUAAAACUGUCAUUGGAAUAUGCUUUAUGAACUCUUGUUCCUAUAGUGCGUUUUGUGGCAGUUGUGACCAAAUGAACAAGUUAAUGUUAAAAACAAGGCCUUGUUCUAGAGAAAACAUCCAUGUGACCAGUUUUAUUUUAGACUCCUGUAUGGAAUGUAUGCAUGCUGUACUGUGGUCCCUUUGUUUUUAUCAAAGAAAUUCUAAUAAAAUCAUCAUGAUUCUUA